UUUGGUUUUGUUGCACUGCAGCGACACAAUGGACCUGAAAGCGGAAAGCGAGGAGCCGGACUCGCACCUGCAGCCUCCACCCUUAGAAGUUUUCGCGCACAGGUCGACGCUGCACGGAAUCUCCCACAUCUUCACCUACGAGCGCUUCUGCAUCAAACGCUGCCUGUGGGUCGUGUUUUUCCUGGGCUCUCUCGCCUUCUUGCUGUACGUGUGCGUGGACCGGAUCCACUUCUACCUGGAGUACCCGCACGUGACCAAGCUGGACGAGGUCGCGGCCCCGAUCAUGACGUUCCCCGCCGUCACUUUCUGCAACCUGAACGCGUUCCGCUUCAGUCGCGUGACGCGUAACGACCUGUACCACGCAGGAGAGCUGCUCGCGCUGCUCAACCAGAGGUACGAGAUCAGAGACAUUCACCUGGUGGAGGAGAGUGUCCUGGAGAGCCUGAAGGUCAAAGCCGACUUCCACAACUUCAAGCCGCGACCGUUCAACAUGCGGGAAUUUUACGACCGCACGGGGCACGACAUCAAGGAAAUGCUGCUCUCCUGCCACUUCCACGGCACGGAAUGCAGAGCCGAGGACUUCACCGUGGUCUUCACUCGCUAUGGGAAGUGUUACACCUUUAAUGCAGCAGGUGAUGGACGCUCUGCCCUCAUCACCACCAAGGGAGGUAUGGGUAAUGGACUCGAGCUCAUGCUGGACAUUCAACAAGAUGAAUAUCUGCCAGUCUGGGGAGAAACAGACGAGACAUCAUUUGAAGCUGGGGUCAAAGUUCAGAUCCACAGUCAGGAUGAGCCGUCCUUCAUUGACCAGCUCGGGUUCGGAGUGGCACCUGGGUUCCAGACAUUUGUUUCCUGCCAAGAGCAAAGGCUGAUAUAUCUGCCUCCGCCGUGGGGAGACUGUAAGGUGACGCCCAUGGAUUCAGACUUCUUUGACAGUUACAGCAUCACAGCCUGUCGCAUCGACUGUGAAACGCGCUACCUGGUGGACAAUUGCAACUGCCGCAUGGUGCACAUGCCUGGCGACGCUCCGUACUGCACCCCCGAGUUGUACAAGGAAUGUGCUGACCCAGCUCUCGAUUUCCUGGUGGAAAGAGACAAUGACUUCUGUGUUUGUGAGACGCCGUGCAACAUGACCAGAUACAACAAAGAGCUGUCCUUCGUCAAGAUCCCCAGCAAGGCCUCGGCCAAAUAUCUUGCCAAGAAAUACAACAAAUCUGAGCAGUACAUUAAGGAGAAUAUCCUGGUUUUAGACAUCUUUUUUGAGGCUCUCAACUACGAGACGAUUGAACAAAAGAAGGCUUAUGAAGUGGCUGGACUUUUAGGUGAUAUUGGUGGUCAGAUGGGACUCUUUAUUGGAGCAAGCAUACUCACUAUUCUGGAGCUGUUUGACUACUUUUAUGAGGUGAUAAAGUACAAACUGUGUCGCUGUUCCGAUAAGAAGCACAACAACACUGACCAGGGAACAGUCCUGAGCUUGGACGAUGUCAAGUGUCAUGUCAGUAAUUUUCACUAGGCCU